CCUCCGGGAGGGCCAAGCAAGGGGAUAGUUGUGAUGGCUCCGAGCGCGGAAAGUGGAGAGGGAGCCCUCGGCCGGGGGGUCCGCAAAGGCAUCCGGGCUGUACUGCUGGGGCCGCCCGGGGCCGGGAAGGGAACCCAGGCUCCCCGGCUUGCUGAAACGUACUGUGUGUGUCACUUGGCCACGGGGGACAUGCUGAGGGCCAUGGUAGCCUCUGGUUCAGAACUGGGGAAGAAGCUGAAGGAGACAAUGGACGCUGGAAAGCUGGUGAGCGACGAGAUGGUGGUGGAACUGAUUGAGAAAAACCUGGAAACUCCUCCCUGCAAAAACGGCUUCCUUCUGGACGGCUUUCCCCGCACAGUGCGGCAAGCAGAAAUGCUUGAUGAGCUCAUGGAGAAGAGGAAAGAGAAUCUAGAUUCCGUCAUUGAAUUCAGCAUCGCCGACUCCUUACUCAUCCGGAGGGUCACAGGACGGUUGAUCCAUCCGGCAAGUGGCCGCUCGUAUCAUGAGGAAUUCAGUCCUCCUAAAGUCCACAUGAAGGAUGAUGUGACUGGAGAGCCCCUGAUCCGCCGUUCAGAUGACAAUGAAGUAGCUUUGAAAACUCGGCUGAAGUCCUAUCACACCCAGACGACCCCAUUGGUCAACUACUACACCCGACGCGGGAUCCACAGAGCAGUGGAUGCUUCCCAGUCCCCUGACGUGGUGUUUGCUAGCAUCUUGGCAGCUUUCUCGAAAGCCACAUCCGAAUGAAUCCAGGCAAUCGACAGGACGGGACACCCAUCAAGUGCUGCGUGUGCCAUCACCCCUGCUGUGGGGACAGCAGGGUUUUUUAAAGGGGGGUUUACAGAAUUGGGAAAGGAAAAGCAUUGGGGGGAGCAGAAUCAUGUUCAAGAGGAGUGUCUGUCUUAAAGAAACCAGUGUUUGGGGGGGACAUUAAACACAUGUUAAAACUAGUUUGGGAAGGAUGGCCUUUGUAGCUUUGAAACAUGAGUGCUGAUUGGAGAUUGUGCAACUUGGCUUAUUUUUCAAAGCAGAGGGGUUUAAAAAAAAAAA